UCUUUUGUAGUAUCUUCCUAUGUUACACCAUAAUAUAUCUAUUAUACGGGUUUUAGCUCGUCAAACAGGUAUUUUUAUCACCUGGUUACCUGUCUUUCUUUUUAUACAUGAUCAUCUUAUUGGUAUUGGAAUGGUUCAAGGAGAAUCGAUGAAACCUACCUUAAAUCCAGAUAUAAAUGGCUCAUGGCAUGAUUGGGUUCUUCUUAAACGAUGGGGUCUCUUACGUUCUGAUGGCAGUCUUGAUAUUAAACGUGGUGAAGUUGUGAUGAUUAAAUCUCCUAUUGAUCCAGAAGGAUAUCUUGCAAAGCGAGUACUUGCUCUUGAAGGAGAUUAUGUACAAACACGUACACGUGCAGCAUCUUGUGUAAAAGUACCAAAAGGGUAUCUUUGGAUUGAAGGGGAUGAAGGUUUUCGUUCUCGUGAUAGUAAUAUGUAUGGAGUGGUACCAACGGCUUUGGUUUGUGCAAAAAUUACACAUAUUAUUUGGCCAUGGUGGAGAAUUGGAAGAAUUGAAUCAGGUUUUGGACGACAUCAAAGGGUAUAUUCGGUAGAUAAUCUAAAUAAUGAGUAA